GAAGGAACCCCCAACCUCCCCUUUAAAAUCGGAGAGGGUAAGGAUAAUGUUCAUAUGCGACCACCCACAACCAUGCUCGUGGAGCUCACCGUUGCCCUCUUGGCGGUCGCCCGUGCGAACGGGGAGGCGACGCGAGUGCCGUGGCAAACCUACAACGGGGACAGGUAUGUGUACGUGCAGAGUCCGACGCGUACACGCGAUCAGGCCGUUGCAGAGUGCACGUCCCUUGGAGCAGAGCUGGCGACGAUCACCAGCAACGAUCAGAAUACAUUCAUCGGAACACUCAUGCCCCAGGUCCUUGGAACAAGCGCUUGGAUUGCCAAUGCGGUGAACGAUGGAUUGUACAGUAACUUCUUACCAGACAGGCCAGAUGGUUCUGGCGUGUGCAUACGUUUUUUGUCGUUGGUGUGGACGUCGUAUCACGAUCAUUGGGACGACGAGCCGUGCAGUUCUAGCUAUGGAUACGUGUGCAUUCAGUCCGAUUGGACGAACAGCCCGACGGCCACCCCCACGCCCAGCUCAACGGCCACACCCAGCCCUUCGCCAAGCCCUACGUCCGCCCUACCUGCGACCGCGAUGCCGUCGGCCACUGGUGAUCCCCACCUGCAGAACAUUCAUGGGGAACGAUUCGACCUGACGAAACCGGGAACAUAUGUAUUGAUCAAUAUCCCGCGUGGAAAGGGAGCCGAUAGUGCGAUGCUUCGAGUGCAGGCUGAUGCUGUUAGGCUUGGUAAACAUUGUGGCGACCUCUACUUUCAGGAAUUGAACGUGACGGGGCGUUGGGCAGAGGCAAAGCAAGCAGGAGGGUACCAUUACAGUGUAUCUCAACAGGAAGCCACGUCUUCAGGAUGGGUUGAAUUUGGCAAGGUCGCCUUGAAAAUCGUCGUUGCACGUACGCAGAGAGACGUUCAGUAUCUAAAUGUGUUUGCAAAACGCUUGGGGCAAUCGGGAUUUGCCGUUGGAGGUUUGCUGGGUGAGGACGACCACGAGGAGGCAAGUUCUCCGCCAGAGGCGUGCGUCAAGCGCGUGUCUCUUGCGAAGGGCGCGGGCCCCGUUGUCCAAACUCUCCCAACUGGUUCCAUCGCAGCGGCAACUUUGGCGUGAAUGAGGCAAUCGUUGCAACUUCGAGCGUGUAUAUAAUCGGUUCUCUAGGGGCCGCAUGGCUUUCGAAGCUCUUGAUCCCAAACAGUAUCGGCGAGCCAGCGAGGGCUAAAGGUGGCCUGCGCGAGCUGUUCUACAACGGAGCCCUGCCGGCGCAUUCCUCGGAUGGUUGGGAGGAUGAGGGGGAAUGAGAUGGAGGUGGAACAUCAAGAGAGAGGAGUACUUUUGCUGCGACGCCGCAUGAAUCUGUGGGCGGCUUUACUUUCGAGCGUGCGUACGCCUGUUCGAUCUGACGACCGUGCUUUUUGACAUGUAGUGCUUUUGCACGAGUGCGCAUGCCCAUUCUUGCCACUCGUGCCUUCUGAGGACUCCUUGUUCCUGGAGCGCACCGUUAAAACAUCAGCCCCCCAGAAGCCCCCCGAAGGGGGGGCCGCAGACGUGGGCGCCGCC